AUGACCCUCGCCCUCUUUUUACCCCUGGCCAUCCUUCUACCGUACUCCUUCGCGUUGGAAUGUAUCAAUUCGACUUCGUACAUGGACCGAAUGCUCGUGAAGCCAAUGGGCGCCGAGUGUCGCCUGAGCACGGCUCUUUGCGUGAAAACCAUGCAGAUUAGCAAGCAUAAAGGUGAGGAUUUUUGAGUUUUUUGAAAGCUUCCAUCUCCAGUUUUAAUCAAAACGACGGAAAUGAUCACGGAAAUUACGGGAAAAAAAAAACAGCUCUCAGUUUUACACACAUAGAAACCCAUAAAACCGCCACAUUUCGGUACACAUGUGAUCCGACGGAACUCUAAAUCUAUAAUCUGGACAAGGGUCGCUGUGGCGGCAGUUCAACGACUAAUAAUUGCACGCGAAAACCCACGUAGUGUGCUAGAGCGCGAUUUAAGCGAAUAUUUUUGCAGACGGCACUCCGAAAGUAUUGUCGAUCCACCGCGAGUGUUAUGAGCUGGAGCCGCCGAUGGCAGUGAGAUCCGGCCGUGCAUGCGUCGACUCGUACGAUGAGGACGAUCCGAUUUCGAGAAGAAUCGGUAUGGCGAACUUGAGAGAAUAG